UUGUCUGUCUGUCUGUCUGCCCGUCGCCAUUGGGAUUAAUGUUGUUAAAACGUUUGUUUUGUAGUUAAAUGUCUGUUAUUCGUCAAGCAUACCUAAUUAUUGAUAAAUAAUAACACUUAGAACUUUCAGGUGUGAAUUAUGCUGGUAUCUAAUGUACUAAAGACUGAAAAUGGCGUUACUAGUCUUACUGUUAUUCCUCAUUUGUGCCAUCUGUGUAGGAAGGCCUUUACGAAAAAUUCAGAUCUUACAGAACAUUUGCUAACACACGGAUAUCAAAAUGAUGAACCAACAGAAACGAUCGUAUCCGAUGCGGAUGCAGAAAAUGUGACAAAACCAUUCGUGUGUAAUCUAUGCAACAAAGGCUUCACUAGCAAAGCUUACCUUUUGAAACAUCACUUGCUGCACGAAGGCGAAAAACCAUUUUCAUGCGAUGUUUGCGAUAAAGGAUUUAGUCACAAAUCGAAUUUACAGAAACAUUAUCUCACACAUGAUCCUGAAAAAGCGAAACGAUAUGAGUGCAAACGUUGUGGCAAAGAUUUUACUUCAAAGGCCUACCUCAAGAAACAUGAUUUAAUACAUACUGGACAAAAGCCUCAUGUUUGCAACAUAUGCUCCAAAGCGUUUACGUUAAAAACUAAUCUCCAGAAACAUUUUUUGAUACAUACCGACAACAAACCGAUGUAUGUUUGUGAUCUUUGUAGUAAAUCCUUCACCUCCAAAGGGUAUUUAGAAAAACAUCGACUUAUACAUAUAGAUGAACGACCUCAUGUUUGUGGAGUCUGUUUCAAAGCAUUCACUUUGAAGACAAAUCUACAUAAACAUUAUUCAACACAUACAUCGCAACGUCCAUAUGCUUGUGAAGAGUGCGGCAAACGCUUCAAGAUGAAAGUUGGGCUUGAGCAACACUAUACAGUACAUUCUAAUGAAAAACCGUACGCUUGUGAUAUGUGUCCAAAAUCAUUUAAAAACAAAAAUGCUUUAGAUAGGCAUGAAAAAUCUCAUAUAAUGGAAUAGAUUAAUUAUGUUGAUAGAAACUUUUAUGCAAAUUUAUGAGUGAAAACUUUUUAGAAAAUUAUAAUGCAAAGUACAAUUAUUCUUUGACGUAACACAUAAUUAGAUAUUUGUAGAAAUGAAUAUAAAAAUGAACUAUGCAUUGCUGUAUAUUAGUAUAUUUACUUCUGUAUUUGGUUAAGGAAGAGAAAUUUCUUUCAAAACGAAAAAUAAUCAUCUAACUAAUCAUUUUUAGUUGUUGUUUUAUUGAAAUUUACAUAAAACAUUCUUUACAUAAACAUUCUUGAUACUCUUCUGUUAUCAGGACCAGAUUCAGAAAUGUAUUCAUGUUUGCAUGCAUGCGUAUGUAUGUGUGUAUACAUACACAUAACAUUUCUGAAUCCAAUCCUGAUAACAAGAGUACCACAUUCUCUGCAUUUUCUUUUGUUUUAUAAAGUGAAUGUCGAUCAUAUUAAAUACUAUUACUGAA